CUCACUCAGACAUUCCAAAGCACAAUAUAUAUAUUUAGAGGUCAUUUACACCAAAAAAAGUCAAUGGAAAUUCCUCCUAUUGCUACAUCAAUGAAAUCUUGCAGUGAGGGGAUAAAACAGGACGAACGUCUGGAAUCUGACAAGAAGCAAACAUUGUCUCUAUCUGCCUCUGUCACCAAGGUCAGGGAGUUCAAUGUACCAGGUGUUGAUGAUGUAUACCAUGUAUCACUAGAUCAACCAGACAGACUCUGGAUCAGUGACAGUAAGGAUAAUCUUAUACAAACAGAUCUACAGGGGAAUAUGAUACAGAAGAUAGAAACCAGUGGUGGACAUGGUUACCACACCGUGACACAGGGCAGGGAUCUGAUCUUCACAGACAAAGACAAGAAAGUCAUCAAUAGGAUAGCACAGGAUAAUAAUAUCACUGAAUUCAUUAAAACUGGAGACUGGAAACCACUCAGCAUACACUCCUCUCACAUCAACGGGGACUUACUGGUGGGGAUGAUAAAGGAUGGAGAGGCUAAAGUCACCAGGUACAACAAGACAGGAAAAGAACUACAGAACAUACAGAGGGAUAACAAAGGACAGGAACUGUAUUGUGCACCACACUACAUCACAGAAAACAGCAAUGGAGAUAUCUGUACAUCAGACAUUAAUAAAGAGGCAGUAGUGGUGGUGAAUAAAUCAGGACAACACAGGUUCUCCUACACAGGUCAGGAGUUCAGGUUCGGCCCCUAUGGAAUCUGUACUGAUGUCCUCGGUCACAUCCUGGUGUGUGAUGAAUUAAGUAACACUGUUCAGCGCCUUGAUCAGGACUGUCAGUUCUGGUCUUUUUUACUCAACCCACAAAAACAGGGGGUAAUGUUUCCCUGUAGUUUUUGUGUGGAUGAUGAGAACAAUCUCUAUGUAGGACAACGAUACAACAACACACUGACAGUGUACAAGUAUCUCCAGUAGGGCUGGUCACAAACACAUUGAUUGUAAUUAUAUUCUAAUGUACAGAACAAAACAAGAGGCCCAUGGGCCACACUGCUCACCUGAGCACAUGGGCUAGUUAAAAAACACAUAUCAGCUCAGUAUUGAAAAGUUUACUUGUUGGGGUAGAAAGGAUUUGAUUUUUUUUUUACUUGAGAAUGUCACUGUAUCAAUAAAACAUGUAUGUAUAAUUUUGCCAAACUCGAGAAGAAGAGUUUAAAAGAUU